AAGGAGAGACAAGAAAGAAUGAUUGAUUAGCCCAUUGAUCGACACUGCUAAGCUUAAAAAUCCACUAGUAUGUAGUUCAAGUUCAUACAUUAAUGUUAGAACUGGCCAGGCUGUACUAUAUAACUAACUAUAAGCCCUUAUUAAUAUUAUCUUAAUAUCGUUUAAAGCUCUCUUAUUAGAAUGAGACAUGCUGGCUUUUGCAUAUUAUUUGCUGUUUGUGAGGUUGGAAAGUCCUUUUCUUCUUCCUAACUUAUAUAUUCUCUUUCUGUUAUGAUUAUCCAUUUUAUUAUUUGUAAAUUGUAUAUGUUUAAGGCUUUUUUUAAUGGGACUUGCUUUAGAAUGAACCAAAAGGGCAUUGCCUAACGAACUCUUUUCUUAUCAAUUUCCAUAUACCAAAUCUAUUAUCACUUCUCUUUUGGACUUUAUUUAAUAUAUAUAGUUGUUUUUUGUGCUUCAAAUUAUGUUAACCUUAUUAUCCUCUAUUUUGACUCUCACAAGAAACAUGUUAACCACUCUCUUUACGAGGGUUUGUUUGGUCAUUUGACUGUAAUUAAGAUAUUAUUUAUUUAUAUAAAUGGUAUGCAUUCUAUAUUAGUUUCGCAAUCAUAACUCGUUGUUGCAUCUUUUAUUAGAAAUAAUAUUUUAUAAAAAGGAUACAUAGAAUAUAUGGUCUAACAAACCCGAAAAGCCUUUACCAACUAGCUAGAAGAAAUAAAAGAAAAAAUGGCUUGUCUUUUAAAUCAUCUAGUACAUAAGAAUAAGAAAAGAAAAGCAUCAUCAAUCCUCUCGUUCUCUCUCUUUUUCUCUCAUUUUCCUUUCUUAUAUUGGGUGUUUGGCAUCAGAGAAAAGUUGAAGAAAAUCAGCGAUGGAUUGUUGUAUUUGUAUUUCGAUGCCUUCCACGUUAAGACCUCCGAGGAAGAUGUUAUGCGAAACUUGCUAUGAGGGGGCGACUAAACUUAAAGAGACCUUGAAUGGAACUAAGAGUAAUAAUAAUUCUCAGCCAAAUUCUUAUAAGUCACUGAUGGAUAUUGGUAGAUUUGUAAAUGACACAAAAGUUGAACGGGAUGAUCUUGAGGAAAGGCUCAACUUCUUGAGUGGCUUUGUUGCUGCUUUUAGAUAUCAAAUGCACCCUGACAUUCUUCUCAAGCCCAGCAAUGAUGGGCCUCCAAUACCAGCUCACAAAGCCCUAUUGGCAGUGAGAUCAGAAGUGUUGAAGAACAUGUUUGAGUCAGAGAGUCGGUUCAAGGCUCCAGCAACAGAGAUUGAAACAGUGUGGGAGAUGAAACAUGAUGAGUUGGAAACUCUGCUGGAGUUCUUGUACAAUGGUGUUGUAUCAGAAGACAAGAUGAAGAGACACGUGUACGCAUUGUCAUUGGCUGCAGAUAAGUACUACAUCCCCUACUUGAGGAAGAUCUGCGAGCGCCAUUUGGAUCUUUAUUUGUGUUUAACCAACGCUUUAGACAUUCUUGAAAUUGCUGAGGUUUGUUCUUACCCCAAAUUGAAAGACAAAGCCUUGGCAUUCAUUGUUGAAAACUCCUCACACUUCGUACAUGCUACUGGUUUUUAUGACUGGGCUCUUAAGAAUCCACAUUUGCAUGUGCUAAUUACCAUGGCUAUGGUCCCAAAAACUAAAACCAAAACAUUUCCUUUUUAGAGACUAAAUUACAUAAGAAAGAGUUAUAUUAUUUUUCCUUUUAUUAUAAUAGAAAUUUGCAUUUAUAUAAUAUGUAUGAUGAAG